AUUAUUUUAUUGCUUAAUCAUGGAGAUUUUGGCCUGAAACUCUAGCACUGACUUCACUGUUAACAACCCAGAAAGAGUUUUAGAGAGACUGAACCAUGGAGAACAGUGAAAGAGAAUCCAUGGUGAAGGUGAAGGUGAAUGAGGAUCAGUGUUCAAUAGCUGAAGAGAAAGUAAUCUACAGAGGAUGGAAAGCCAUGCCAUUUGUCAUAGGAAAUGAAACCUUUGAGAAGCUAGGAGCCAUUGGCACCUUAUCCAACCUCUUGGUCUAUCUCACUAAAGAGUUCAACAUGAGCAGCAUUAGAGCUAAUACUAUACUCAGCAUCUUCAAUGGCCCCACCAAUUUUGCUACUUUGAUUGGAGCUUUUGUAUCCGACACAUACUGGGGUCGUUUCAAGACCAUUGCUUUUGCUUCAGUCGCUUCCUUAAUGGUACUUGAAUUAUACUACCAAUUUUUUAUCACCUCCCUUAGAUGCCUUGACAAAGCAGCAAUCCUGACGCCGGAAGACAAAUUAAACACAGAUGGAUCAGCAGCCAAUCCAUGGAGACUUUGCAGCAUGCAGCAAGUAGAAGAAAUGAAAUGUCUAGUGAGACUGUUACCAAUAUGGGCUGCAGCCCUCGUGUACUAUAUUGUUAUAGUCCAACAACACUCCUAUACAACUUACCAAGCUCUUCAAUGUGAUAGAAGACUUACAAAACACUUCGAGAUCCCAGCUGCAUCCUACUAUGUCUUCUUGAUGAUAGCCAUGACCAUUUGGAUCCCUAUCUAUGACCGACUUGUCGUCCCAUUUCUCCAAAGACGCACAGGGAUAGAAGGAGGCAUCACAGUGCUGCAAAGAAUUGGAGCUGGCAUUUUUCUCUCUAUUGUCUCCAUGUUAGUCUCUGCAAUCGUAGAAGAGCGUCGAAGGUCAUUAGCUCUAACCAAACCAUUAUCAGGUAGUAACGUUUCGUCCAUGUCAGGCUUCUGGUUAAUUCCUCAGCUCGCAUUGGCUGGACUUGCAGAAGCAUUCGCUGCCAUUGGUCAAACUGAGUUCUACUACAAGCAAUUCCCUGAAAACAUGAGAAGCGUUGCAGGGUCUUUCUUCUUUUGUGGAAUGGCAGGUUCAAAUUACUUGAAUAGUUUCUUGAUUUCAGUAGUCCACAGAGCCACAGAGGGGGCUGCAACCGGAAAUUGGCUGCCGGAAGAUCUCAACAAGGGGAGGCUUGAUUACUAUUACUACUUGAUUACUGCUAUUGCCACUGUUAACUUCGGAUACUUUUUGCUCAUUGCAAGCUGGUAUCAGUAUAAAGGUACAGGGAUCGAUAAUAGUACUCUUGAAGUCGAAGUUACUGAGAAAGUGGCCUAAACAGCCUCAGAAAAAUGCUGCUUGAUGAUGAAGCUUGGUAUUCAAUAAUUAUAUCAGUAGUGUUCUAUAGAGAAUUCCUCGUAUAUGUAAUUUAGUUCUACAUUAGAAUUAUUAAUAAUCACUCCAGCCUACCAUCCACCAACGAUUGAGUUCUCACCAUAUAUGCAACUCACUUCUCACU